AUGUCCAAGACAAAACCCCAACGUCAAGCUCAAAACUCAUCCAAGCAGUCUCAUUAUAACACCAUCUAUGAUGAGACCUUUCGUUCUGUUCAUUAUGACAAUCCCGCCAUUGCCAGCAUGGCUAAUCAUCCCAAUUUAGUGGGAAAGUUGGAGCAUCACGCCCCAACGACUGAUGGGUCUUUUUCUAUUUGCAUCGCGAACGGUAGGGGAGUCUUCAUCAGUCGGGCUCUUCUCGAAUCGAUACCAUCGGAACAUCGUCCUACUCUCGACACCACCUUUGCAGGGCAGGAAGUUGAGAGUUUUGCUGGAGUCCUGCGAUCGCUUGGUACAACGCUUUUCCCGCUAAUCCUCAAAAACGCCAAAACAGGGGAGAGCUUCCGCGUCGUCCUACACGCCAUAGUACUUCCAAAAUUAUACAUUCACAUGUUCAUUGGUGGCCAGGGCAGUCCCAUUCUCCGAACAACCGCGUACACCAACGGAGUUCCAGUCCACGGGUUUUCCUUUGACGGAAGUGAGAACGCGAAAGAUUUUACCAUGGUGCAGGGAGUGUAA